AGACCGAUGAAGAGAAGGAACUGAGACAGCUCUACAGAAAGGUGCUACAAUUAGAUCAGUGACAGAGGAAGAUAUCAUUAGAGGAGAAAAUGCUGAAUGCAAGAAAAAAAACUCGGGAUGCUUUGUCCUGGUACGUCAUAGAAACCUUCAUCUACAUCGAAACAGUUAAACAAUUCUGUGGAAGCUCCUCUGAGUGGUUGGGUGCAAGAAGAGCAGAGUUUUUCACAAUGGUGAAAAUAAAGAACUCCUUCAACAUGAUUGAUCCUGGCAUCUGUGAUCUUUAUAGUAAAUAUAAAAUAAUAUGGGCCAUUCUGGUGUAUGUAUGGAACAAGUUGACUCUGCUGCUGUGUGAGAGUGUGAAAACAAAGCGUGCAAAGCUAGAAAGGGACCUGGCUGUUGUCUUGAGAGACAGUCUGUGUGGCCUGGAGAAGCUGAAUGUCUUCCUGGAGGCUGUGGAGAACCUGGCGGUCACCUCACUCCACGUGUUCCAGGAAGGGAACCAGGUGUUAAACCUGCCAGAUGGGAUCAGACUCGAGCAUGUUCAGGAUUUCAUCACUGCUGUACAGCAAAUCUGCCCUCAGCUCCUCAAGUUCAAAAGAGAUGCAAGCACCUUCUUCCUUCCCAAACUUGAUAAUGUGGAAGAACUGAUGCAUCAGCUGGACAGAUACAUCCAGACUGCUGAGAACAUCUGUGGGGAAUUAGAGAUGAGUUGCAGUAAUCUCUUCCAGACAAUUCCCAAACACACUGAUGUUAUCCUGGAUGAGGAUCUGACUGAUGAUGGGGUACAAAGGAUGCUUGAUCAUAUUGAUAAACUUGCUGCAAUCAGGAUGGAUCCAGACUUCAGGCUGGUGUUCUUGUUCAGGGAUGGUCCACGUCCUCAUUUUAUCGACCAGUUCAAUGAGCAGGAGAACGAGAUGCUCCAGAAUCUGAAAAACCUGGAGGAGACUGCUGAUAACCUUGACUGCGUGAAUAGGGCUAUAUUAAGAAGUAAAAUAGGGGGUAGCUUGGUGACAUUCAUUGGAAAUGUGCUUUCCAUCAUUGGUUUCUCUCUAAUUCCAGAAACAGCUGAGGUGUCUCUUGAUUUUACAAUUGCUGGGAUGGCGUGCAGUGUUGGCGGCAGCAUCAUUGGCUUACUCUUUAUAUUCAUAGAGACCAUUAUAAUCUGCAAACAACAAAAGAAGUUUGAAGAAGUCUUCAAGAGUUUCAUGAAAGAUGUGAAGUCUGUCCAGAAUAUUCUGGAGGAGAUGCCUACUCUGAAUGUUGAAACAGAGGGAAAUGAUACGGAUUGUUGUAGUUGUCGUUGGUUAGACACUGGUAUGAAGGCUGUUAGUCUUGGAUACACUAUUAAAUCAGUUGUUGAUGCUGCCUUUGAUAUCUGGCUGUAUAAAGAAGAGAAGCUGACUGAAAUGACAGCAUUUAAAGGGCCGCUCAGCCUCUCAGAGUUUUUUAUGGCCUUUAGUAUUGGGACCAACAUUUUGUUUCUCAUCAUGGAUCUCAUUUUCAUCCGCAGGGAAAGCUAUAGUCUGUCAAAAGUCGAUAACACUGAAGUGUCAGAGUCCAUCAGAGCCAGAGCUGCACUUUGGCGCUCAGAGCUCGAUGCAUUGGAAAAGAUCCAUGAUUCUGCAACUAAAGGUCUGCGAACAUUAGAGAACGACAUUUCAUUUCUCAACAGCAAGUUUUAUAUCUAAAGAGGGAGAUCUAGAAAAAAAAUAAAAAGCCAAUAAAUGAAAAAGAGGUCACUGCAUUUUUGAGAACUUUUUUUGAUAUUUACUCUGAUACAUGAGGGUGGACAUACGAGGCAGCCAAGGUGUAAAUAACUAAUAUACAGAAAAACAUUUUCAACUUGAUACGAGUGUUUCAAAGUAUUAAAUGUGACCAGAUGUCUCUAAAAUUUUCCACUUUAGUUACAAACUAAACAAAGUUUUUCUUUGGCUAUACCUCAGCAGACCCUAGUCCUCAUAAAGUGUUUUAACUAAAUGCAGCGAUUUGUUGAUCUUCAUUUAGAUGCAAGCUCAAUUAGAUUGAGUUUUCACUUUUUGUAAGUAUAUUUGGUUGGAACGUCUCUUGUUUCUCCUUGUAUUAUAUUCUUGUGACUAAACUCUGCCAUUGUACCUUCACAUGGAGCGUUCCUGAGUGGACCAUGGCCCUCUAUGGAGGGGGGUAUUCCAGCAUUACAAUCUGCAGCAGUUCUCUAACUGUAAAACAAGUUUACCUUUCAUAGUUGUUGGAUUGAAGGUGAUGAACAAUCACUUACUCAAGCUGAGUCAGGGAUGCUAGCUGCCACCAAGUCUGUUUCCUCUCUUCCUUCAGCCAUGUGAGUUAAACAAACAAGAGCUACAUACAAAUUCGGGUUGGCAAUUUUGGACUUCUUGCCUUUAUUAGAGGAGCUGAAGAAAGACAGGAAAUAUGGGUAGAAGGUGAGGCAACAGCGCUGGGAUUUGGGUUUAAUCCUGCCACCACUGUAUCCUAUUACUAACAGUAAUAAUGUACAUAGUAUAGUAUUAAUGAAGUAAGUUUUAUAUCAUAAAAUAAAAGAUCAUGGCUCUGACAGUGUCUUGGCUUGCAGAAAAAGCCUUGCUGACCCAGACCACCUUCAGAUGACUUGGUUUGAUGAUUAAAGAAAUUACAGGAGUUUUAAUGUCUCAGCUUUUUAUGUCUGUUGUGGAAACCCCCACUGUAAAUAAAAUCUUAUCAUUUCUUAUUCCUUUGGUAGAAAGACAUUUGUCUUUGAAGCUUCAUAUUUAGCAACCUGUCAAGAUGUUAAAGUUACAGCUGAGUUUUUACUUCAGAAAUGUUGAUUUUCUUUUGCUGUCACUUUUAUGUGUAUGAUUGAUUAACAUGAUGUUUUACUGUAUCCAUCCAAUGUGGCUGAAGUCUGACCAUGUAUUUACAAAAUAAACAGC